UGCUGAUGUUCUGCAUUUGAAAGAGGAAAGAAAACUGGUAUGCCUUCAGGUGGGAAAUGGGUGUGAUUUAUCUCUCACACUUGAGGCUGUCGCUGAUUUUUCAAGCACUUGCAAACAUUUCUUGAAACAAUGGUAUCCUUGUCGGUGUACGCGCUUCUACCUGUCAGCGUUUUGCUAUGGGUUGUGACCCCAUCUGUCUCAGACAAAUGUGAUGGCCACACUGGUUUCCCUGGUGUGCCUGGCAUCCCAGGAACUCCUGGUAUAAAUGGAAAUAAUGGACCAAAGGGGAAACAAGGAGAUCCUGGUGAUGAUACAUAUCCGGUAAAGGGAGCCAAGGGUGAACUGGGUGUUCCUGGACGCCCCGGUAGACCUGGCCUCAAGGGGGGUGUAGGGGAACCUGGUCCACCAGGACCAAAGGGACCAAAGGGUCCAAAGGGACCUUUUCAAUUGACCUCAGAUGUUAAUCCCAUUUUUUUCUCUAAUAAAAGAAGAAGUUCCAGAACAUCUAUAUCGCAAAAUAGAAUCGUUGAAUUUGAUGAGCCAGUGUCUCCUGAGAAAGCUGGUAUUAGUCUAAACAAUGGUCUUUUCACAGCCACACAACCAGGUUUUUAUUACUUCGUGUACCAUGUGUCUGCAUUGCAGACUGCUUGCUUGUGUAUAAAGAAGAUGGAUAAAGUGGUGUUGAAUUUAUGUGAUUUUUCUCAAGGAGUGCUGCUGACUUCUGGGUCUGUGGUCCUGGACCUGAAGCUAGCGGACACUGUUGGUGUGUAUGUGUGCACGAAAUUGAGUCAGAUCAUCAGUACAGAUACUGAUAGCACGUUCACUGGCUUCCUGCUAUUCCCUUCAUAAAUAUUCAGAAUUUUAUUAUCUCAGCUAAUUAAUCUUACAUAAAACAAUUCACUGAUAAUUUCUGGGUUCUUUUUGCUUUUUUCCCAAUACUUUCCAGUAUCUAAUGUUACGUUUUGUAAUGAACAAAUGGAACAGAACUGUUGCAAACAUACCUGUAUAAUCACAUGACUGACCAUUUAAUGGAAACAAAAAUAAAGUUGCAAUAAACAGAACUAAAACUCUG